AUGUCCUCCGCUUCCCCUGCCGGGUCCAAUCCCUCCUUCUCCUACUCCGCCUACAUGGUCCCCUCACAAGACGCUUACGGCUUAGAGUCCGACGACGAGAUCGCUUCACUUCCUUCAGAAUCGACCUCUGAAUCAAACCUCGACACUAUGUCAGAUGUUUUCUCCGAUGCUGAGGCAGAAUGGCGGGAAAGCAUUGAGCAACUGGAGUUGCUUUUGUCCAUGGUCCUUGUACCUUUCAUUGGCAAAUACCUUGGCAGGAAGUGCGCAUACUGGGGCUGGACUAGCUUCAUGCAAUGGAAAUACCCGGUCGAGGUCGUCAUGAGAAACCCGGCCGCUUUCAAGGCUGCGGGUGUGAUUGAGGCUGCGGCAACUCUCUGA